AUGCCGGCGCGCGGGGCCGGCAUCUGCCCGCACCCAGGCCCCUCACGGGCCCGGGUGGCAUAUUUAUGCGUCUUGACGACCGUGUGCGCGCUCCUCUCGGCAUUUGCCUCUCCAGCGCUCGCCGCGAAGGCCUCGUGUGCGCAUGAGGCGCUCGAGGCCGAGGUCGAGGCCCUCUACACGAGCCACGUCAGCGCGCCCGCCCAAACCGCCGCGGACGUCCACCUGCAGGCCAGGGGCGCUGGAGACGCAUCGGGGCUGGCCGGCAACGCCGGCACGGGGGGCGGCGGGCUGCGCGUGGCGCUGGACUUCCAGCUCGGGGGCCUCGCGCCGUCGUUCCGGGAGACGCUCACGGGCACCAUCCUGCCCCGCGUCGUCGCGAAGCUGUCGCGCACCCUCGCCCCUCGCCGCCCCACCCAGGGCACGCUCUUCCUGCCGCGCACGUGCGAGACGGUGGACCAGAGCACCGGCCAGUGCAGGGAGCUGAAGCCGAUCGGGAACUGCUUCUUCGCCCAGCACGAGCCCUCGUACUUCUCGUCCGCGCGCGUGUGCGACUCCACGGGCGCCUGCACGGACUCGCCGCCGGGCGCGGGCGUGCCGGACGCCGACGUGGUCCUGUACGUGACCGCGGAGACGAGCAUCGGGUCGCAAGUGCUCUGCGACGGCGGGUUCUCCGCGUUCGGCGCGCCGUGCUCCUUCGACAGCACGGGGCGCCCGCUCGCCGGCGUGGUCAACCUGUGCCCGCGCGACCGCGCCUUGCCCGACGCGGAGAUCGGGCAGACCGUCGACCUGGUCCUCCACGAGGCCCUGCACGCGCUCGGGUUCAGCUCGGCGUCGCUGAGCCGCUUCGUGGACGGCGACGGGGCCCGGGUUCCGCGCUCGCAGGUGGUGCAGAACGUCGGCGGGCGCAACUACGUGGUGACGCCCGGGGCGGCGCAGGCCGCGCGGGACCAGUUCAGCUGCCCGGAGCUGCCCGGGGCGGCGCUGGAGAACGACGGGUCGAGCGCGACGCUCUCGUCGCACUGGGAGGCGCGCCUGCACGACAACGAGCUGAUGCUGGGGGCGACGGAGGGGCGGAGGGCGCUGCUGUCGCGGCUGACGCUCGCGCUGCUCGACGACUCCGGGUGGUACGACGUGGACGUGGAGUCCGGUGCGAUGCUGCAGUACGGCCUUGGCGCCGGAUGCGGCGUGGUGGAGGCGCGCUGCGGGGUCGACGACCAGGCGCUCCGGGACCUGGGGCUCGUGUGCUCGCCGUCGGAGGAGAUGACGUGCUCGUACGACCACCUGACGUACGGCGACUGCCGCACCACGCUCUUCGCGGACGGGUGCCCGCAGGUGGUGGCCAGCGACCAGGGGGAGUGCCAGAACGAACUGCGCCAGGGGUCGCUCGGGGACCUCGGCAUGCACUACGGCGCGUACUCGCGCUGUCUGCCCCUCCAGCCUGGAGGCAUCCGCAGGCGCGGGUCGCGGUACACCGAGCGCGCGGGCUGCUUCCGCACCAGCUGCAGCGGCGGCCAGCUCAUGGUGUCCGUGGGGGGGUCGGCUCCCUUCGCGUGCCCCGCGGGCGAGACGGUGGACCUCGCGGACGUGUCGAUCUUCGAGGGCACCAUCGGGCCCUGCCCGGACUCGUCGACCAUCUGCCCCUCGCUGUCCUGCCCCGACGACUGCAGCGGCAACGGGCAGUGCAUCGCCGGCAAGUGCGAGUGCUACCUCGGGCACCGGGGCUCGAACUGCGCCGCCGUGGACUCCACCUCGCUGAACGUCGUAUCGCAGGGCGCCGCGUCGACGGGCACGGCGUUCUCCGGCGACGGCGCCAGCGGCGAGGGCCUGAACGACUCCACGGUGACGCUGGCGGUGGUCGUGGGGAGCUCGGUCCUGGGCGCCGCGUCGAUCGGGGUCGUGAUCGCCGCCUUCGUGUACCUGCGAAAGCUGAAGAGGGACGAGGAGAAGGCGAAGCAGGCGCGCAGGGAGGAGCGCGCGCAGAAGCGGGCGGCCAUCGAGGCGCGCAAGAUGCAGCGCAACGCGUCGGACAGGACGGGCAAGGAGACGGAGGGCGCGUCGCGCCCCACGAAGGACCUCGGCACGGAGGGCCGCACCGCCUCGACGCAGCUGCGGCCCUCGUACCCGCUGGCGACGCACCAGAGCGGGCAGAUCGUGCGGCCGACGCUCCCGGAAGACUGGCGCGAGACGCAGAUGCGCACCACGAUGCCGCUCACGUACGGGGAUCCGUCGCCCAGCAGCCCGGACGUGCGGCGCGGGCACCGCGGGUCGCAGGGCCGGGGCGACCAGCGCGAGUCGCAGGGCGCGGUGCCCGGGCGCGUGCAGCGCGUGUCGCGGCCCAUCUCGUCGAGGUUUUCGCAGGAGGACAUCCGGCGGCCCGUGGUGCCCCUCGAGCAUUACGCCUCGCCCGUGGCGGGGUCGCGCGCGGAGCGGAGAUCCCCGGAGGACUCGCCGCAGGUGGUCGACCUUGGCAUGCCCGGGGAGGUGGAGCUGCGGCCGCACCGCAUGUCGGGCGCGCAGGGGGCGCAGAUGUGGUCCCGGGAGUCGUCGCCGCCGCACGCCGCGCCCGCCGUGCCCCCGCGCGCGCUGACGGAGGAGGACAGGCAGGACAGCAUUUUCGACUGA